AUGUCGAUCAUCAAAGAUCUGGGGAAGGUGAAAAGCUUGAGUGUAAUUGCGACAAGUCAUUUCCAGAAUACACAGAGUAGAAUGGGCAGAUCAGUGCGACGAAGGAGCGCGCCUUUGUCACCCACAAAGAGCCGAGAAACAACCACCUCUCCACACCAAACCCGCCAAUCGAGUCGGAUCUCAAGCCGCGAGCCUCGGAACGUACAUCGAGCCCAGCAUGACCAAUAUCAAGGCAUCCUUGAACCAGUGGUUGAAGAUGCGGAUACAAUCCUCGUCGUACCGAGCAAGCCUGUGCUUGAUGCUGGUAGCGAACACCUCAGUGACGUCGACAAGGACAGCGUAGCGAGUGAUAUCGCGCUUUGCGACAGCGAUGUCAGUGAUGACCUGGAAAGAGAGCCCAUCCUUGAAAGUCUUGAGGAAAUCGGUGAGGAUGUAUCGAAACUCAUGAAACACUUCCAUUCAGCCGCGGUCGAUCAAGUCAUCAGCGAAGCACAAGACGUCACGACAGACCGCAGCCGUGCGAUCAAUAGGUUUGCACGCAAGCUCGAUAUCGAUCUGGAAGUAUGCGGCCGAGAACAUAGAAAAUUCCUGCAAGUGGAACGUCUUUUGAGAGUCUUGGAUGAUCAUACUAGUGUUCUUGAGGCACGAGAGAUAUUGACUAGAGCCAACCUUGCCAUAUUUGUCUCUAAAAUUGUCGACGCAGGAGUCUAUGCACCGGAAUCCGAAGCGCGUUCUUUAUUGCAAUACCUUGGUUAUAGUCUGUCAAAGCUCUUUCCGCAUUCAUUCGUUACCAUCGACGAAGGCAAGAACUUCUGGAGUGACACAAUCAGGCUUGGCGUCUCGAUACUGACGCAAUGCUUCAUUAUCAUUGCAGAAUCCGCGAGGGAUGCAAGCGAUAUUGACCCUGAAGAGAUCCUCGACGCAUUGUUCGAUGAUUCGGAAGACGGUUCCAAUGGCUUUCCGUUACUACAGAAUGUCCGCUUAAAUAGAGUGAAAGAGAAGCGACUGAGUGAAAUCAGAAGAUAUGUUACAGGUUCCGAACGAGUACACAUUGAUCUUCCUGGACUUCGAAAGAAGUAUGAAUGGAGGUCCUUUGUAGCGAUGGCAGUGCGAUGGGCUGUGGCUCGAGACGAGCAGCUCGCCCGACGCAUAGCAGAAAGAGGAGUUGCGGACCCGAAUAUCAGAAUUCGUGAAGGUAGCGAGGAAAUAUCUGUCAUGGCUGUACAGGAUAAUGAGGAUCAGCGUAAGGGCAAGUCUAAGGAGGACAUCGCGCUGGAAGUAUCUAGUGCUUACAACAGAGAAGUGGAUAGAAGACUUGAGGACACGGAGGAGGAGUCGGUCUACGAGCCAGAGACACAGCGGCUAUCUCCAGGACACACGAUCAACACUCAAGGCCCUCAUCCUGCGAGCGUAGAACGGUACCGACUUGCAGCACAAACUCUUUUAAACUCUCCUGGGAAACAAUUUCAACAUCGAAGCGCAAUUUCUGAGUCACCACAACCACAGUUAGGGGAUCAAGACGACAUGGUGUUUUCCGUAAAAGACGACAAUGAGAUCGACCUUCCUGAUGCAACAAGCGAGCAUUCUGUCGAGCCUGAAUCUCUAGUCCAGUCGACAAGAGCAGUGUCUGUGCCCAGGCCAGAAUCACAAGCACGAAACGAGGUUCCUCGAGUUGUGGCGCCUCAAAAGAACGCGGCUGACUGGAUAGAUAAUCCUUCGCCAGAAGUCCGUGAAGUCCUUGCUGAGAAACACAGACAGGAACAAAUCGGCCAAAAAGGAAAAGAGCUCGGAGCACAGAAACCGGGCUUUCUCCAUCGCCAGCUGGAUGCUGUGCGAGAAAGAUUUGACCAAGACACUCAGGCACAGAACCACAACAAGAAACAUCCUGUCGUCGAAGAUGAUGAGAGUGAUGCUGGGUACGAGUCGGACUCUAGACCAGCGAAGAGACCUCGCAGUGCCACCAGCAAAGUGCCUGCUGCUAGAGCACCAUCUCCUGCACAACGCGACAGUCCUGGGUAUGCUGGAAUGGUCUCCCCAUCGCCAGAGCCGGAAGUGCAACAAUCGCGCAAGCCUGGCGCCUCGGAUAAGCCCUCAGGACGCCAGCACCAUCAUAGAGAGCCGCAGGGUCAACCUGGACCUUCUUCUGCGCCACAAAUUCAACACACCGGUCGCACUGCCUCGUCAGCACAUUUUCAAGACGAUGCUAUACCUAGCACUGCCCCUCCAACUUCGUCCUUCCCAAACUUCAACGAGAUCUCAUCGACUGCUCGAGAGAAUAUGCAGGAUAUACGGCGGAUACAAGAGGCUGAUACAGGCAUGAGGAUACAGACACGCAAGGCGACCGUACGCUGGACGGAUGCAGAGAACGAACGGCUGAUGGAGCUUAUGGCGAAUUUUUCUUGUCAGUGGGCGACUAUCAUGGCGGCCGAUGCUGACAUGCCAACGCCAAUGCUGCAAGGAAGAAACCAAGUUGCGUUGAAGGAUAGAGCGAGAAACAUGCUGAUGACUAUGUUGAGGGCUGAAGAGUUACCUCCUCCUUUUAUGCUUGGGGUAACACUCAAGAAGGCUGAGGUGCAGAAGCUGAUGGCUGAGAAGAUUCCCGUGCCAGAUCGCUAUCGGCUAAAGAAUUGA